AUGUCAGAUUCCAACACAACCGACUUCACCAACCCCUCCACCUUCAUCCUGCUGGGCAUUCCCGGCCUGGAGACGGCCCAAGCCAUCGCCCUCUUGGGGAACAUCACCAUCCUCUUCAUUGUGAAGACAGAGUCAAGCCUCCACCAGCCCAUGUACUAUUUCCUCUGCAUGCUGGCCAUCACCGACCUGGUCCUGUCCACAUCCACACUUCCCAAAAUGCUGAGCAUCUUCUGGUUCAAUUCCAGAGAGAUCGAUUUCAGUGCCUGCCUCACCCAGCUGUACUUCCUUCACUGUUUCUCAGUGAUGGAGUCUGGUAUCUUCGUAGCCAUGGCGUUGGAUCGCUACGUGGCCAUCUGCCACCCCCUGAGACAUUCCACCAUCCUGACGAACCAUGUUGUGGUCAAGCUCGGUCUGGCUGUAUUGCUGCGCGGUGGCCUGCUCCUACUGCCCUAUCCCUUUCUGGCGAGGCAGUGGCCAUAUUGCAGAACCAACAUCAUCCCCCACACAUACUGCGAGCACAUGGCCGUGGUGAAGCUGGCCUGUGCCGACAUCCGUGUCAGUAGUUACUACGGACUCUUUCUGGCGUUCUUUUUGACCUGCCUGGAUGUGUCUUUUAUCGCUGUGUCCUACACCCAGAUUCUCAGGGCCAUCUUCUGCCUCCCCACCCAGGAUGCCCGGCUCAAGACUUUUGGGACUUGCAGCUCCCACCUGUGUGUCAUUUCAGUCUCUUACAUUCCAGCUCUGUUCUCCUUCCUCACACACCGGUUUGGACAGAAUGUGCCUCUUCAUUUCCAUGUUCUCAUUGCCAACGUGUACCUCCUGGUGCCCCCCAUGCUCAACCCCAUCAUCUAUGGGGUGCGCACCAGACAGAUCCGGGACAGGCUGCUCCAGCUUGUUACUCACAAAGGGAAUGAGGUGUUCUGCCUUCGUUCUGGUUUUCAAACCAAGCUCUAG